CCUCUGGUGUCGGGGGCCUAAUUAGACCCGCAGCACAGGUGUGACAUCGCAGCUCUUCGCCUGUCUUUGCUAUUUACACGAAGACACGACACAACACAGAGCAGCAGAAUGACAACUUAAGCAUUCAUCACUCGUCAAAAUGAAGGUGCCAGAGGAGGAAUUAAUGAGCGAUAUUUUAAAGAGGUUAACAGGCGAGUCUGCACUUCCUGUACACAGCAACAUUGAGAAGUUCAAACGAGGAAAAGACGGCUCAUAUUUUGUCGCCGAAGACUUCAGUGAAACUGUGAAAAAAAGAGAAUUGGUCAACGCCAAGGAGCGACUGAGAAUCAGGAACUUGAACACCAUGUUCUCCCGCUUGAAGCGCAUGGUACCACUAAUGAGACCAGACAGGAAACCCAGUAAAGUGGACACACUUAAGGCUGCGACGGAAUACAUUCGAUUGCUUGUUGCAGUUUUGCAGGAUACAGACAGCGAUGAUGGCAUUGGGACUGAUUUCCUAAAGAAUGCAAUCACUUAUGGUCAGACUGAAGACUUGGGCAAUGACCUAUGGAGAGUGGAUGAUUUAAACAUGUCAGAUGAGCACAUAGAAGAGGGAUUUACUCUGCCUCCAGAACCGGCCACAGAGGAUGGAGAUAUGACCAGACUGGUGCUGCAACAUUGUGUGAUGCCUGCAUACCAGUUCAUCAUUCAAGUAGCACCCGAUCAGACUUCAAUUUCUCAACCAUUUUGAGUGGUGUUUAGAGCAGAAGGCUUGGACCACUAUUGAAAACCUACCAGGGGGCUGUUGCUUUGAAGAAAGGAUUUUUCUUUAACAAAAUGCCAUUUUAUUUGUCUAUUUAAUUUAUCUUUUGAAUUUAAAUUUUGUUUGAGUAUGUGAAUGAGUUUUUAUUUUCAUUUUACAAACUGUAUCCUUGGCAGCCCUUAAAUAAAAUGUACAAGACAGCUUCUGUUAU